CGUUCUGCUCCAAGUACAACAUUGCUGUGGUUCACUCUGUGCACUAAUGCCAUUUUUCCUUAGCAAGAAGCUGUAACACUAAGUAUUUGAACUGCUGUUUAUGUUCUACUAAUUAGUAAUAGCAUAUUAUUUCACUGAAGGAUCAGCUCGUUUGCAUCAUGUCACUGCAACUACACAGAUUUGUCACUGCAACUACACAGAUUUGUCACAGCCUUUAGACCUUUGCAGCUGCCUAUGCAGAUGAGUUGAAUCAUCUGUCCAAUCAAAUCCCACCUGGGCGGGGCAGUUGAGUCACAUAGCGGAUUACGAGGCUGGGGGAGAAAUAAGGGAAAAGUUUAGCUGGGAGAAGUUUGCAGCAAUGCCCUUACAGAGCACUCUGCCGAAUUCCUAUAGGAAGGAAAGAUAGGGGGGCAGAAAAAAAGAGAAGGAGGAAGAAGCUGGAGGGAGAAGUAAAGUAUUGUGCUUGCAAGGAGGGGGGCAGAAGCUGCUGUGCAUUUUGUUUGGGGGGGCAAAAUGAGCCUGUUGUCAGCUAUUGAUACCACUGCUUCAGUAUACCAGCCUGCCCAGCUCCUCAACUGGGUCUAUUUAUCUCUGCAAGACACACAUCAAACCAGCGCCUUUGAUGCCUUCAGACCAGAGUCCAGCUCUGCCUCUCACCCUGAUCUCAACAGCUACUCCAAAAGUCCCCAAGAUCUGAGUUCCUCCAUCCACUCCAGCUAUCUGAGCAGUUUUCUGCAACUCCAGAGGACUGAGGCAUUAGGUAACAGCCUUUAUAAGGGUGCAUCUCCAUAUGGGUCUCUAAACAAUAUUGUGGAUGGGCUAAGCUCGCUCACAGAACAUUUCUCAGAAAUCUCACUAUCCUCCGAGAAUAGAAAACCCAGCAAAAGGCCCCCUCCAAAUUAUCUAUGUCACCUCUGCUUUAACAAAGGUCAUUAUAUCAAGGACUGUCCUCAGGCUCGUCCCAAGGGAGAAGGGUUGACACCAUACCAAGGAAAGAAGCGCUGUUUUGGGGAGUACAAGUGUCCAAAGUGCAAGCGGAAAUGGAUGAGUGGAAACUCGUGGGCCAACAUGGGCCAGGAAUGCAUAAAGUGCCACAUCAACGUAUAUCCUCAUAAACAGAGACCCCUAGAGAAACCUGAUGGCCUCGACGUGUCUGAUCAGAGCAAGGAACACCCACAGCACCUGUGUGAAAAGUGCAAGGUGUUAGGCUACUACUGCCGCCGUGUUCAGUAAAUUGCAAGAAAGACAACAGCGAAUCAACAGACACAAAUGAAUAAAUACAAGAAACAAAAUUACUAGUUAGUAAACCAGGGAUGUCCGACUUCCAACCUUCCAGCCAUUGUCUUGCUGAGGAUAAAAUAUGUACUUUACAACAAAUGGCAGGCUGAUAGUUUGGCAUCUGUUAUAUUAACUAAUGAUGUACCUUGAGAACGCUAGAAUGUAACAUUCUUCCUGUGUAUUUGUAUAAGAAGUAUUUAUAAAGUAUUACGCCUUUUGAAAAAGUGUUACAGCGGUUGCUAUCCUGCUUCAGAUUUUUUUAACAUCCUAAUCUCAUUGAGUUUGCAGUCAUCAUAAAUGAUUGUUGCAUUGCCCUAGAGAUGUAUGCAUAUACAUAGGAUUCUGCCCCCAGAAAUGCUUGUUUGGAUAUUUUCAGAAUAUAAUUAGGUACAAUAGAAAAGGUUACCUAAGAAUCUCCUGAAAAUGCCUAGCGUUAACACUAAUAUUAACACUAAUAAUAUAGAUAAUUUUUUUCCAUUAUCAUGAAAGUCAAAGACUACAGAAGCACUUCCUAACUAGAUCAUUUGUCCUACUCAUAGUAUGUGGUGGCUAUGCGGUGUAACAAGAUUCAGCACAUCUUUGAGGGAAUCCUGAAUUUUUACAGCAUAGAAAAUAUAAGCACUAACAAAAAUAUUGCAAUGUUUGAAUCAAUAUUGCACACCACUAGACAUGGAAAUAUACCAUUUAAUUAGCAGUAAUACACUACUUUAUCCUGCAAAAACAUUUUAAAUGCUAAUGCUGUGUUUAUCAGUGUUUGAAAAGGAAAACUAUGUUUGCUUAAAAGCGCUGUUUACCAUAUUUCUCCUACUUUUCAUAUUUACCAAAACCAUUACUUUUCACUGUUGUCAGUUUUUCCCAAUUUCACCAAAAGAUUUUUAAAUGAACUUUCACCAGAUUUUUAUUUCAAAUAAAUUGUCAUAAAGCAUUGUUUGGUACAAAUGCUGAAAAAUCUAUUGAAAUGUCCCAGGAAAUCCUAAGAAAGACCUUCACUGGAAAUUUAAGGCUAAUGUCCUAUGAAGAGAUAAGUUGCCUGCGAUAAAUCUCUGCUACUGUGGGCGAGAUUUCUGUGUAGCGGAGAUUUAUCGCGAGCGACUAAUCUCUCUGUGGGGCAUUAGCCUUUUUAAAACAAAAUAAUGAUGCUUAAACUGCCAAAAGCCAACUUCAGCCUUGAUAAAUACAGCAUGAGAUGUUUAUCAUGUGAAAAUACUUGGAGUUUUAAAAAAAUCUAGCAGCUGAUAGCAACCCUACCUAACUGAAUAUAAGCCCCCACUUUGGGGAGAUAUGGGGGAUUUGUUUACAUAAAAUUUUACCUAUUUGCUGCUAGAAGAAUUUAAGGUCUUAAAUGUCCUCUGCAGCAAAAGGCUUAAAUAUGGCCUAUAUGCACAACAAGCAAUUGCCUUAUUGGACCUGAUAUUAGCAGUAUUACAUGUUGUGUUUCAGUUUGUUCUUUAGUAGGCCAAAAACACACACAAAAUUUGAACUGUGAAUUUGGGGUUGUCCGUGGAUGGAAAGUUGUUUCUAAUCCCAUAGGUAGAAUUUUGCAGAAUCUAUUUAUUAUCUUUGUUUUGGAAGCCACUUUCUGGAAUAUUUGUCUGUCUGAAAUUCAUCAGUGUGUUUGUGUUUGUACAUGUCUGCAUGCGUGUUGUCAUUACUCUUGUUAUAACUGACAGUUCGAUACAGGAUUAACCAGACUUUAAACUUCACAUUUUAUAAUACUCAUUCCAGUGUACUUUUCCCUGUGUUAGAGUAGGUUUGGAAACAGAAUGAUCCUUUAUUAAUGACUUUAGGCAAUUGUCUUUUGUAUCUUUAAAAUAAUUCUUCUUUUGGUGUAAUGCACCUUAGGAGAAACUGCUCCUUGUAGAACAUCAGUACAGGGAACAAAUCUGUUUCUGUGUGGGAUGAUGCACUAGAUGUCUGCCAAAAGUGAUAAACCGUGUUAGCAGAAAAGGGACAGACAUAAGGGAUUAACAUGUAAAAAACAAUAGAGCUCUGUGGUAAAAAAUGAAAAACUAAAUCUGGCCUAAAUGCCUUCUGAAGGUUUAGGUCUUUUAAAGGCUGCUGACACAGCUGGAACUUAUCUUGCAUAUAAUCAGUAAGUGCGCUAUGGUAUGUAUGUGAAUGUGUGACUGGUCCUCUGAUGGCUUGUGCACAAGUGCAUUGUAUGGUGAACAUGUACGAAGAACAAGGUUUAAAUAAUGCAAUGCUCUCAAGGGUUUUAAGCUGCCUUGUGCCCUGCUGGCUUUUUUGAGAUAAGGAAGUUAUCAACAAACUAUUUGACCAAAUCAUAACAAUAGAAGACAGUAGGGGGGGCCUGAAGUGUAGAGGACCCAGUAAGGGAUCGAUUCGUUGGUUCACUGUAUGUGGGUGAAAAAACAGUCAUCAUGGUAGGCCAAAAAAAAAACUUUGAUUUUGAGCCAAUAUCUUCUAGUUAUAGUGCUGAUUUAGAGAAUAGUGUAGUCUUUAGGUGUUCAUACAUAGCCACGGCUCGUUGGGCCAAUUAGUCAGAUAACUGUAAGGUCAGCCAGUAUAACGCUACUUUCAUAGGCUUAAACUGACAACAUGUGUUAUUAUGGCAAUGUCAGUAGGUAUGAUAAAACAAAAUAGUAGAUGUGAAUCUCAAUAUUUCAAUCUUACAAAUACAAUGGAAAUAUAAAAAAUAAUAAAUUACAAUAGAUCAUUAAA